AAACAAGGGAAAAAAUAGUGAGGAAAGUGAGAAAAAAAAAAGAACAAACUAGUUAAGAGCCAUGGAAGAUGAUGCAAUGGCAACCGAGGCUCCUUUAGCACCAGUCACUUCUGGAAGGAGAGUCAGAAAUGACUUGGAAGAUAAGCUUCCUAAACCUUAUAUGGCGAGAGCUUUGGUGGCUCCGGAUGUCGAUCACCCGAACGGAACGCCGGGCCAUUACCAUAACGGAAUGAGUGUUCUUCAACAACAUGCGGCAUAUUUCGACCAGGACGACAAUGGAAUCAUUUAUCCUUGGGAGACUUACGCCGGUUGUCGAGCCUUGGGAUUUAAUCCCAUUGCCUCUCUUUUUUUCACCAUUCUUAUUAAUGGAUCUAUGAGCUAUCCUACACUUCCAGGAUGGUUACCUUCACCGUUCUUCCCAAUAUACGUCUACAACAUACACAAAGCCAAGCAUGGUAGCGACUCGGGUAUUUAUGAUAAUGAAGGGAGGUUUACUCCUGCAAACAUCGAAAGCAUGUUUAGCAAAUACGCGCGUACGGUACCUGACAAAUUCACAUUGGGAGAACUUUGGAAAAUGACUGAGGGGAACCGAGACGCAUUCGACCUCUUCGGCUGGCUUGCGGGUAAGUUCGAGUGGGGUGUUCUAUAUGUUCUGGCACGGGAUGAGGAUGGUAUGUUGUCGAAAGAAGCAGUACGAAGAUGUUUUGAUGGGAGCUUGUUCGAGUAUUGUGCAAGAAUGAACAUGGGUAGGCAUGGGAAAGUGGCUUAGAGUUGGUGUUUAUGCUCCAACUUCUCCAUGAUGUGGUGUUUAUCUUGCAUUUGGUAGCUUUAUUCCGAUAGUUUAUGUUUAGAUUUGGAUUUGGCAUCUAAUGUGUGUUAUUUGUUGAUUAUGAUUUGGGUUCUUGAAUCUGGUUUUUCUGGUCAUCGGUUCGUUUCUUUUUUCUUUUUGAAUCUCUUUUAAGGGAGAAUUGGAGUUCAAAAUAAAAGUUGAUGUAUUUUUUAAAA